AUGGCGGGGGCGGGGCCUGGGGAGGCGCGCGCCGAGCUGGCCGGGGGGUCCCUCUCCCCGGCCCUCUGAACCCGGAACGUACAGAGAUGUGAUAAUGGAUCAUCAUGUCUCCACCAUCAAACCUCGAAGGAUCCAGAACCAAAAUGUCAUUCACCGCCUGGAGCGCCGGCGGAUCAGCUCGGGCAAGGCAGGCACCCACUGGCAUCAGGUCCGAGUAUUCCACCAGAAUGUCUUCCCCAACUUCACCGUCGUCAAUGUUGAAAAGCCUCCUUGUUUCUUGCGUAAAUUCUCACCUGAUGGACGCUACUUUAUUGCUUUCUCUUCAGACCAGACAUCUCUCGAGAUCUAUGAGUACCAGGGCUGCCAGGCAGCUGAGGACUUGCUGCAGGGCUAUGACGGGGAGAUCCUGUCCAAUGGCAAUGACCAGCGGUCGGUCAACAUCCGUGGCCGGCUCUUCGAGCGCUUUUUCGUCCUGCUGCAUAUCACCAACGUGGCCGCCAACGGCGAGCACCUGAACCGGGAGUGCAGCCUCUUCACCGAUGACUGCCGCUGUGUCAUUGUGGGCUCGGCUGCCUACCUCCCGGAUGAGCCACACCCUCCUUUUUACGAGGUCUAUCGGAACAGUGAGUCCGUGACCCCCAACCCGCGGUCCCCUCUGGAGGACUACUCCCUCCACAUCAUUGACCUGCACACCGGCCGCCUGUGUGACACGCGCACCUUCAAGUGCGACAAGGUGGUCCUGUCGCACAACCAGGGGCUGUACCUGUACAAGAACAUCCUGGCCAUCUUGUCAGUGCAACAGCAGACCAUCCACGUCUUCCAGGUGACGCCCGAGGGCACGUUCAUCGACGUGAGGACCAUUGGCCGCUUCUGCUACGAGGACGACCUCCUCACCGUGUCCGCCGUCUUCCCCGAGGUGCAGCGGGACAGCCAGACGGGCAUGGCCAGCCCUUUCCGAGACCCCUUCGUCAACUCGCUCAAACACCGGCUGCUCGUGUACCUGUGGCGCCGGGCGGAGCAGGACGGCAGCGCCGUGGCCAAGAGGCGCUUCUUCCAGUACUUCGACCAGCUGCGGCAGCUGCGCAUGUGGAAGAUGCAGCUGCUAGACGAGAACCAUCUGUUCAUCAAGUACACGAGCGAGGACGUGGUGACCCUGCGCGUCACAGACCCGUCACAGGCCUCUUUCUUUGUGGUGUACAACAUGGUGACAACAGAGGUGAUCGCUGUGUUUGAGAACACAUCCGAUGAGCUCUUAGAGCUCUUUGAGAACUUCUGCGACCUCUUCCGUAACGCGACCCUGCACAGCGAAGUUCAGUUCCCCUGCUCAGCGUCCAGCAACAAUUUUGCAAGGCAGAUCCAGCGCCGAGCUGUCAUUCAGCAUUCCAGACGUGUGGAUGUCUGCGGUUGCGUCCCGCCUACGCGCACGAAUCAGACCGUGUUUGUACCUCCCACAGCCUCCUGAAAUUCAGCGGUUGCCGGGUUAGAACGCAGUGGUAUUCAAGAGUUACAAGUACAUUCCUUCCCGCUAGGCCUGACUGUGGAGGUGAUUCAGCCCCUCAGCAGGUCACCGGCUUUUCAAGCUACAAGCCAAGACGGACAGUAGAUGAGGCUCUGAGAUGACAUUGAUGUUUAAAACACCGUCAUUUCCUCUGCUGACCUGGGGGUCCAAUAACAGAAGGCUACCCAAGAUUGAACGUACCCGUGCACUGCCCUUUAAUACAGCAGGGGGUCUAAAGUAGGGAGGAUUUGGAACGUGAACCAUUUAAUUGAAGGCAUGGACAAGAUCAGGCCUCUGAGCCAGCUAGGUCCACUGCACAAAUGAACCAGUGGUUCACCGCAGGAAGCCCAGACAAAGGAAAGACGAAGCCUUCAGGCCCUGGUCUGCAGCCUCUUCAUACCUGUCCUCACACCAGCAACAGGGAGUGGGGUCAGCACACACAGCGUCUCUUUGGGGGCCUGAGGCCGGAAAACAGCCAUGGCUCUCUGUGCUGGAGGGCUGGAAGGCGGCUGACUUCCGCUGCAGGCACCUGGGGCAUGAGAGUGCACUGGGCCCUGCGGGCCACCACCCCAAGCUGACCCUGCCGGCGUGGCAAGUGCUAGGACCUGGGCCCGGGAAUCUGCAGUUCUGCUCCCACAUAAAGAAGGCCUGGCCUCCCGCUCUUCAACCCGUUUUCUCACUGUGGCUGGAGAGGAAUUUUUUAAAAAUUUUUUAAUGCAAAUAAAUGUAGAAAGAUGCAGA